CCCGCGCUGCUCAUUAAAGCGGCAGGACUGAGCUGCUCGAGCUCCGCGUCGUUCAAUCAUUUCCUGAUUCCAGUCAAGCGAUCUCGGCUUGUGUAGAAAAACAGCAGCAUCGCCGCUAACGGCUCGGAUCCAGCUGACGACUCGACUCAGUGACUUUCGGCUGGUUGAGGGUGUGUUUCUUUACGAUGACAGAUGAAGCGACGGCAGCCAGGAAGUGCGCUUAGCUGAUGCAUCAACCUCAAAUGCAGCCAAACCUGAAACCUGGCUGGCCCUCGACUUGUAACUCGGGAAAUAACCACGGCAACUGGAAUAACAGUAUGGACGCUCCUCAGUAUCCAGGCUACCCUUCACACUACUGGUAUCCUCAGUCUCACUCCACAGGACACUAUGCAAACACCUAUCCCUCGGGAUCCGAUGUUCAGCCACAGUACAAUCCACAGGUAAUGCCCGGAAGUUAUCCAAAUGGCCAUGGAGUCUACAGCCCGGCACAGAGUCAAUACUCCACCAGUGGUUUCCAUCCCUCCAACCCUUUCUACUGUGCUGACCCUCAGAGACCCGCUCCAGGCUCGUAUCCUACCCAGGGCUGUCCAGCAGAGCAGAGCAGUGGGCCGUCUGGACAGCCACACUCUCAACACCAACAUCAUCACUACCCUGGUCCGCACUGUCAAGGGGGUCCCGGGUACCCUCCUGGACCGUACCCUCACUACAGUGAAGGAGGCCAUGCAAUGCCUCCAAACCCUCCAUACCCGACUGGCCAGUCUCUCCAUCCCAGCCCUCAGGCAGAUGCAUGGGCCCACUCUAGUCCAUACGCACCGUCACAGCAGCAAUGGCCACCCGGCCAGCAGCCUCCACAAAACCACUAUGGAAAUCCCAUCCGUCCACCACAUCCUCCAGCGUGGCCAGGAACUGGAACUGGUGCUCCUCCACCUUACCAGCCCAAACAGGACCAACAGCACCAGCGUGCCCCACAGGUGGGACCUAAACCCAGGCCAGCAGCACCCCCGAAUCCCCCCAAUGGAAAGCCUGCUGAAAUAAGUUCCCCUCCCCAAAUGUACAACAAAACUGGGAGAGGUGAACCUAAUCCUUCACCAGCUGAGCCUCCGCCCUCAGCUCCAGCUCCAGCACCAGCUGCAGGUCAGCCUGGACCUCAGCUUUUAAGUGAUAACCCGGGCCUCGCUAAGGUCCAACAGGUCAUGUCCAGAGUUCUGCUGCUUCAGGAAGAUGUCGACGAGUUUGUUGGCAAAAAAACAGACAAGAGUUACCGGUGUCUGGAGGAACUGCUGACCAAAGAGCUGCUGGAGCUGGACUCUGUGGAGACUCAGGGACAGGACAAUGUCCGGCAAGCCCGAAAGGAGGCUGUACAGAGAAUCCAGGCCAUUCUGGACCAGCUGGAGAAGAAAGCCUUCUGAACUGGAUUUAUUUGCUUGUGGAUCACUGCGUCUUGUUUUCUUCUUCCUGAUCUUCCAUGGACACGUUGAGGGUUUAGUCUUGUUCUACAGAGAUGUGUUACUUUUAGGUUUUUUUUCCACCAUCAUUAUAUUAUACAAUGCCUAAAGUAAGCGGCACAGACCCACGAACAAGACAGACCAGUUCCUGAUACAUGAAUCCAUGAAUCAAUCUUUAAAGUCUAUUUAUGCUGGUAUAAACGAUCUGGAGAUACUGGAUAUGAAGGCUGAUGGUCGUGCAUAUCGUACAUGACUUUCAGCCUGAGUGACUGUGCUGGUAACACGACUCUUGCUCGGCUUGUUUUUUAUGCCUUUGCCAGCGUAAUGCAGGGCACAGUCUUUGGGAGGUAAAUUUAUUUAGUGCCACAUUCCAACUGUUGGCUUCUCACUCGUGAUUCAAAUCCAGAAUCUCAUCAUGCUGUCCCUCAGGAUUGUGGGUCGGUUUUAGUCCGAUCCUACAUGUAACAACACGUGCACUUCCUUAACUGUCUAUUAUUACAUUCACAGGCCGUUUGCAUGAACAUGAUAUUGUCCUCUCCCCUGAUGAAGUCGAUACAUUUAGUUGCCCGAUAGUCACUUUACCUCACGGCGCCUCUGCUGCAGUCGGUGCAGCGGUUUUCUUUUCACUUGUGCUCCCAGCCCUGCAUGCACUGUAACGUCAGAUAAGUACAAUCAUGACAUCUCAGAGCUCAUGAUUGGGCCGAGAAUGUCGCAGAUUAGUGAAAACCCCUGAAGAAUGCUGUCCCCAUUAUUCCAUCCUUUGGAUGAAAUUGCUUCUUAAGUGCAGACCUAGACUCAGACCUACAUAUGAAUGCAAUGUAUUUCAUUCUAGGAACUACUGUUACUCCAGAUAGGUAAGGACCAGAUUAUAAAUUACUUGAAAAGCUGUUAAAUUCUGUUCUUUUCCUCCCUCUUUGAACACUUAUAUGUAAAAGAAAAGAUGUACUUUAACAUUUUCAGUAAUGUUGUUUUUUUUUUUUUGCUAAGAACAAUGUUGGUCGCAGCAAUCCAGUUAAAUGUUUAGUUUGUUUCUUUUUUGUGUAGGACAAAAGUCUUUGUUAUAUCAAAGCCAGGUGUGCACCACAGUCCAUUGUCUUGUGUAGAGCAACUCUUUUUUUUUCCAAACAUUCUUGAAGUGAUGAUUUAGUAAAAACAAAACAAAAAAAAUCAGAGUGCCAUAUUUCA